AUGGUUUUCUCCCACUCAACCCAUACUACAAACCGCGCACUCACCUACUCUUACAUUCAUAUCCAGCCCCAACUCCCAAAUACUCGAUACCUUCUCUUCCUACAUGGCUUCCCCUCUACCUCGUAUCACUGGCACCAUCAGAUUUCUUUCUUCAAAGCGAAGGGCUAUGGCGUCAUAGCACCAGACCUACUUGGCUUCGGGGAAACCUCAAAACCGACUGAGUUGGAGAUGUACAAAGGUGAGGACAUGGCAAAUGAUAUUGUUGAAAUUUUGAUAUCAGAGUGCGUUGAAAAGUUGGUCGGCGUGGCACAUGACUGGGGCUGUUUCCUUCUGUCGCGACUUGCAAAUUAUCAUCCCGAUCGCUUUUCAGGCUAUGUGUACAUCGACCACGGAUACAUGCCCCCUGGUCGUAGCCUCACUACCGCUGUUGUACAACACAUCAAUAGAUCAGUGGAAGCAAAACUCGGGUUUUCGAUCCUUGGGUACUUCCUUUUAUUCGAUGAUGACGAUGCUCCUGGACUUCUAGAUCAACAUUCCGAAUCGGUAGAGUCCCUAUACUUUAGUACCGACGAACAGAUCACCAAGAAAUACAAGGGCGCUCUGGGGGGUUUACGCUCUUGGUUGACUGAUGGCAAGACUACCAAGUUGCCAGCAUAUUUGACAUCAGAGGAUCAUAAACAUUAUGAACACGCAUUCUCCAAGGAGAAAGGUGGCUAUAGACCUGCGAUAAACUGGUAUAGAGCUGGUCUGCGUAACAUUAAUGAAGAAGAUGAGCAAAAAAUCACAACGGCUGCCCAUAUUCUAACGCACCCAACCCUGUUAAUCGCGUCCACGAACGUCAUUACUGCCGCAAUGAAUAUCCCAGAGCAGAUGUGCCCUUUCGUGCCCGACCUCACAGUCGAGCAAAUUACUGGUGGACAUUGGCUGCAGCUAGAGAAGCCAGAUGAGGUGAAUGAAAUUCUGGAUAAGUUUGUAGAGAAGGUUGGAAACUGA